UUUUUUUUUUAAAUUUGUAAUGAAUUCAAUUAUAAGCAUCAACUCCUGUAAGUUUUUAAUAUAUUGUCAAUAACAAAUUUUUAAAUAGCUGGAAUCUUUUAAUGCUUGUAAGCUUACCAUUAUAUUACUGAUCAAUUUUCUUUCCUUCUGUGAAAUGAUAUUGUACAUCGAAGUAGGACUCUCUCUCUCUCUCUCUCUCUCUCUCUCUCUCUCUCCUGUUCAGUCAAUGAAUAUGGACAUACAGAGACCGUAAAUAAUUAUGUGGUUCCCAAAGAAACAAUAAAACUAUAUUUUCGUUUAUACAUUUCCUUUUAUAUGUGUCUUUGUGUAAUCAACUGUUUAUUAUGGAUUGCAAAUGUAAUACCCGCAUUUUUAAACAGAUGUAUAUUUUCGAUCAUUAUUCCCUUAUUUGUAUAUCCAAAUUUGUAUAUGAUCAUGAUAAAUUUUGAAUUGAGCACGCAAUAUAUCCAACCAGAUGCUCAGUGUAUAAGAUUAGAUUCCCGAUUUCUAUAAACUGCAAAACCUCGACCAGACAAGUAUUCAAUACAGGAAAAAAUGUUCGACUCUGACAUCUCCCCUGAUUGAAGACACCCUAUUUGGCACGGGUGAAGUGUGUCACAGUCUGUAUAAUGGAAUGACAACGUGUUGUAAAGUUCUAACGAGAUACAAAUGGAGUUUAUCAUUUUGUUUCGUGGAUUUAUCAGAAUAAAGAGAAUCUAAUAUUUUCGGUAAGUGCACAUCUCCGAUACCUGUUGAAUAGACGUCCGUAUUUGAUACGGUGUUUUUUGUGGCGAAUAUGCCAUGUGCAUUACAUAUUAUGCAUAUGGCAUGGACCUUGUAUUUUGCAAGAAUUGAUAUAAAUAAUAUAUUUUAUGCUCUUUGCUUAUUCCAUUCUAUCAGUAUGUAAUUGGCAAAUGAUUUCUCCGCAUUUAUUUCAUAAGAAACUGCAAAUACUUGCUUGCACUUGCAAGUAUGCAAGAAAAGCUUUUUUUCCCCCUCUAAAUUAUCUAAACUUUCGGAAUGUUGCAUUGGUAUCCAAUAAAUAUUUUGUAAUUUUGAGCAAAGCAUAAUGUUUUAAAAUGUGAUUUUAUUUGUUUCGCAUUUCCCUAUAUAUUACUAUCGGAGAUGUGCACUGGUCGAGUCCACCUAGAAAAAUCACUCAGGUGUGACAAUCACAUUUGGGGUAUAUACGGGUAGAGUAAAUUAGGCUACCUGAGAGAAAUAUGGCGGAUAAGAUGAGGAAGGUGUACGUAUUUAUUAAUUCAUGUCAGCUUUAACGACUUAGGUCUGUCGCGGCCGGGAUUCAAACCCCGACCUUCUGCAUGCGGGGCGAACGCUCUAACCUCUAGGCCACCGCGGUUGCGUUUCCGUGGAAGUUGCAGGAUAAUCACGAGAUCAAUGCUAAUUUGAAAUAUAAAAGCAUUGGCUGUUUCUGGACCUCGGUGGUCAUCCUGCAUCAUCCACGAAAGCAAGAACUUUAUUUCUAUUCUACUACGGCUCAGAAAUAUGCAGACGAUCGUUUACCUAGAUAUGCAUGUAGAGCUCUACGAAUUAGAUCUCUUCGUGAUGUCAUUGCAGUUUUCCAAACUUACUAGGCCUACAUGUUUGUUGACGAAAAAGGUGAGAUGGUGGGGUAUACUAGAUCUGUUUUGAAAUUUAGUUUGAUAUUGACGGAUUCUAUCAACUGCUUUGAAUACAUUACAAAUACGUGGAAGAGGGUUACAUCGCCAUGUUUGUUUACAUGUGUAUCGACCUGAAUUGUAGACGAUUGAUUUAAAUAUCAUGAAAAAUAUUCCUCAAUUAUUUAUAAAUUUGUUUUGCAACAUACAUUGAUUAAUUUUCAUGAUUAUAAAAUCGAAUUACCAGUUAUCAACUUUAUUGUUGUAUUAGCAAAAUACAAAGUGCAAGCGAGAUGUGUAUCAAAUUCUCAUAACCAGCUCAUAUACGUAUGAAGUUGUAUCGCAGAAUAAUGACCGUAGUGUUCCUUUGAUCUUUUCAGUAUUUUGGUGUAAUUAAAUGUAAAUGACUGCAUUUUCACCAAAACCUUUUGCAUUCAAAAGUGAAAGUCGCCGGUCUUUCGGACGGGACCUUCAAAUAAAGGUCUCGUGUCACUGCAUGCAAUGGAACAGAAAAGACUCUCACUGCCACAGCUUUGAGCGCCAUUCAAAGGUAAAAGUUUGUGGCACUUAAAAUGCAGUCGAUGUGAGUGAAAAAAUCUUGUAGGGACAUAAAACAAAUAAACGUACUGACAAAUAAAGCAAGCUUGUACAGCUAUGUUCCGCAAAGCAGUAAAUGAAACAUGUGACCCUGUUUUGCGAGGAUGUUUCUUUUUUGUUUGUUUGAUACUUAGUAAUUUGCUGGAAAAGUAUAUCAGAAAUAGAAUUGACACUUGUCAUUUUUGGAAAUCGAUGCAAUCGUGGUUUGGUAUCGUGCCAAGUACUGCUAACUGCUCUACGCAUUUUUGAAACUUUCGAAAUAUACAUGCGACUAUGUACUGCGA